CCUCCAGCAGCACCAGCAGCAGCACCAUCACCACCCUCCGGCGCAGCAGGGAGGCCGGGGUUUGCCGCCACCACAGCAGCAACAGAUGCUGAGCUUACGGGCAACAAAUCAGCCAUCGCUGCUCAAUGCCAAUCCCAUGCUUCAGCGGGCCUUACUCAUGCAGCAGAUGCAAGGAAAUCUGCGUGGAUUUAACAUGACAGCGCCAGCACUGCAGCAGUUCUUCCCUCAGGCUACAAGACAUUCCCUCCUGGGACCACCACCUGUUGGGGUCUCCUUAAAGCCAGCUCGGCUGGGCUUCCCCAGCCUCCCAUUCCAGCGGCAGAACCGGACCUUCCGCAAGGACUUCCAGAGGGCUCCUGACAGGAAGCGGGAAUUAGAUCCUGGUUCUUCAUCUCAGACACAAGGUGAUGAGAAAAUGGAAAUUCCAGAGGGAAUGCAAGCAGGGUCAGAGCAGAACAGUUCCUCACCAUCCAUAGAGCCAAGAACUCCAACAGAGUCUGUGUUGAACACUGAGCCUGCAGCAAAAAGACUGAAGAGUGUGACUGGGGAGUCUGCGUUAGAGGAUGCCACAGACAGCAAGAAAGCAGGAGUCUCAUGCGCCCAUGUCCAAGCUGAUGGUACAGACAAUGCAAAGGAGUACACAGCUGAAGAUCUCUCCAGAGAGAGGAAAUUCUCUGAGGAACCGAAGGCUCCUGAGGUGUUGAGCUCUGGAGGUUCACUGAAAGUGACUAUUCAGCAGAGCAGUGAGAGCAGAGCUAUCAGUACAACAGCUCUGAAACCAGGGCACUGGGCCUGUGACGUGGGCACAGCUGAUCCCAACCCAGAAUCAGUCCUUAAAUUCUACUGUUACAUCUGCAAGACCAAUUGCUGCAGUCAGCAGAAUUUCCAAUCCCACAUGGCUGGAAUUCAGCACCAGCAGCGACUUGGGGAGAUUCAGCACAUGAGCAAUGUUUGUUUCGUUUCACUACUGCCCAUGGUGAAACAGCAGAAGGUGAUAGCAGGAAAAGAUGGAGAGACCCAGCAGCGGUGGUGUAACACGUGUCAGGUGCAUUUCACAGGGGACCUCAUCAAACAUCGCAGGACCCAGGAGCACAAGCUGGCCAAACGCACGCUUCGUCCUUUCUGCACUGUCUGCAGCCGCCACUUCAAGACCCCUCGCAAGUUUGUGGAGCAUAUGAAGUCCCCUGAACACAAGCAGAAAGCCAAAGAGGUUAGGCUAGGAGAGAAGGAGUUGGGGAGCCCAGAAGAUUCAGAGGAGUUGAUCACUGUGGAUGCUGUUGGCUGUUUUGAAGAUGAUGAUGAGGAAGAGGAUGAGGAGGAGGGAGGAGCUGGUGAGGAGGAAGACCGUGAUGUAGUGCUGAUGGAGAAUGAGGAUUCUGCUGCCAAGCAGACUGGGCUGAAGGAAGUGUCUUUGGAGGAUUACGAAGGAAGUGAGAAGUAUUGUCCAGACACAGCCUAUGGCCUGGAUUUUCUGGUCCCCGUCGCAGGUUACCUCUGCAGGCUGUGUCACAAAUUCUACCAUAGCGACUCCGCUGCCCGGCUCGCACACUGCAAGUCCCUGAUGCAUUUUGAGAACUUUCAGAGAUACAAGGCAGCAAGGCAUCGUGCCACAACUGCCUACCCCGAGGCUCCUUUGCAUUCCCAGGGCUCCAGCUCCCAAUUGCUGGAUGAUCCAAAACAGCCUCUUGCUACAACAGCACAUGCCAGCAAGAUGAAUGAUGAUCGUGGGAUAGAUAAGGAGGGCACAGAGCUGUCAGCCUUGCAAGAACAAACUUCAAGGUCUCUGGAGGAAGAAGAAAGUCUACAGGAAGAGAACAAGACCACUGCCACUAGUGCCGACUGCCCGUUCUCUGAGGAGAGCCACACCACAGGAGAGUCACUGGGACGUGAGGUAGAAGCCAACACAGCCAGGCAGAGGGCAGGCACAGAUGACCACCAGGAUCCAGGGAGUGGAGGAGGCUUAGGACAGCACGAGGCAGCAGAGGCAGGCCAGGAGGCAGCAGCAGAGCCUUCCUCCCUCGCCAAAGGUGAGACAGCCGGUCUCACCUCUGCUGGGUGCAGACGCUCUUCCAGGCGCAAACCCAGAUAGAGUGGCCUUAAAGGAGAGCCCUUUACAUACGAUAUUUGCUGGAAAUGUUUAUUUUCUGGGUCUUUUAAUAGAGCAAAACCUUCAACUUUACUGCUGUUUUUAUUUUAAGAAUAAAUAAGCCUGGCUUUAGCGUGUCUAAUACAGGA